UAGGCGGGCAGAGGGGGGUUGCGGAAGGAGGGCAGGAACAGGAAAGAAAAGGGAGGAGCUGAUGUGUUCUGGGUCCCACAGUUAUGGACUCCCUGUGGGGCAGCCAGUCCCCCUCCCAGACCCUGAUGCUCCAGGUCAGCCUCCUCCUGGCUAUCCCCUCACCAAGCUUCCAGACUGCGGACAACCCCAGCAUCUCGCACACCCUGGAAAGGACUGUGGGGACAUCUGUCCAGCUGAAGCUGACCUCCUCCUUGUACCCGAAUGUCCGAGAGAUUGAGUGGAGUUGGCAUUCUGAGACUGAGAAAGAAGGGAUCCUGGUGUCCUGGAAACUUAAUGCCACUCCUGACUGGUAUGAGCUGGAGGAAAAAUACAGGAGCAGCUUCUCUCUGCCAGAGCUGGCAGUUUUGAGCAUCAGGAAUCUCACCACGGAAAUGAGUGGAUGGUAUACAGCAAGGAUCAAAUUCCACACAGGAAAAUCCCAGAAGGAAGUCUUUAAACUCUGUGUAUAUGAGCCCAUCCCCCACCCCCAGAUUGUGAUUCAUUCAUCAUCCAACCAGGCAGGCUGGUGCAAUGUCAGUCUGGAGUGUGGGACCCCAGGAGCCACAGAGAUCUGGACAGUGACCUGGCUGAGUGAGGGGCUCCCCAGGGAGCUGGAGGAGAGAGAGGCUCUGGGGCCAGCCCCCAGCUCCAGGAAUCUAAGCCUGAGCCUGCCCCUGAGCCAGCUCAAUGGCCCCCUCACCUGUAGGGUCAGCAACCCCGUGGAUGAGAAGAAUGCAACCUUAUUCCUGCAGAACAUCUGUCUGUGGAAGGGUUCUCAGAGCAAGUGGCUUUGGAGAGGCGUCUUGUUCACAGUUCUGAUGCUGUGCCUGGCCUGCGGAGUGUGCAUCUUAGUGAGGAAGAAGAUACAGUCCAGGAGGGGCAGGUCUGCUCUGCUGCCCACAGAGCUGGGCUCAGCAGCGGUGCCCCAGGCCCCGCCCACAGAGGAACCUGCUGGCCUGCAGACUGCAGGGGCUCACAGCCACAGUCCUCUUGACGUGGAGAUCAGCCUCCUGAGACACCCCAAGAAUGACAUGGAGAGGGAGAGCUGCCAUCCCCCUAAGCCCGAGUGCAGCCCAACUGUCUACACUGUCUACGAGAAGGUCCGGAUGAGCCGAAUGCGCCAGAAGGACACCUAGGUUAAUGAAGACGUCAAGGUAUGAGGGGCCUUGGCAAGACCUGCCCCACCUUACACUCUACCCAGGGUCCCAGAAAUCCCUCCUUAGGUAGAGCUAGGACAAGACCCCAGGUCUUCCUGAUGUGCUCCCCCACCCCAAGAUGGCAGAGCAGCACCACGUGUCCCAGGGCUCCUCACCAAGGUCUUCUCACCUCACGGGUGGGGAGCUUUGACCACGUCUCUUGAGCCUCCAGCAGGACGGGCUGAUCCCUGGGCGGGCGGUCAGGUUUCUGACCUGUGACCCACUGACCCCCGUGAGGGAACGUGUAGUCAGCCAGGACCCGAGGACGCACGUCUGGGAACAGGGAUGCUUUCCCAGAAUUGGGCGGGCCUUGAAUGGAGGAUUUCCAGGAUGUCACUGCUCAGCCCACCCCCAAGAACAGAAGAGGGAUGGCCUGGACUGUAGAAAAGCAAGAGCUGCUGAGAUAAAGUUCAGGGUCAGUUUCAGCACGGGGGGAGGGGCAGAAAGGAAGGAAACAAUUUUUGAGCUCCAUCACCUGCAGGCUUAUUGUAAGCACCAGACAUGCACUAGCUCAGAUCUCUCAAAAUUCAAGCAAUUUAUCAACCCUGUUAAAAAAAUUACCUAAUGCACAUAAAUUGGAAGAAAGUCAAAGGCACGUCUCCUUGAAUUUAUCUUUCAUCAGUUGCAAAUGGGAUCCUGUUCCUGUUGUAUCUCCUAAUUAGUUGUUACAAUAACGCAUCCACAACACGUACUGCCACAUCGCUAAGUUUCUCUACUGUUUGAAAUAGUUUUUCAUUCGAUCCCUUCGAAUUUCUGGGCAAAGAACCAUAUUAAUGACAAAUAAUUAGAAUUUUUCCUUCUUUCUUUCCGAUUUUUACGCUUCAUUCCUCUCCUGUGUCUUGAUGCUGGUGAACACCCCCCAGUGUUUAAUAAGAGUGACUCCGAAGCUCAUCCUUGUGUUCCGAACUUAUUGCAAGUGGUUCAAGGGUGUCCCUGUUAAGCAUGAUGUUUAUUAUAAGGUUUUUAAGGCAUGUCUAAAAAGUAUGUCCUUAGUGUUACUUUAUGAAGAAUUUUGCCAUGAAGAAAAUGUUAGAGUUUCUUCUUUCCCUUUUAUCAUCCAUGAUGAUGUUAUCCAGUUUUCCUGUUUUUCCUCUAUGAAUAAUACAUUAAUAGAUUUCCUCCUAUUGAACUGUUCUUAUGCUACUGGAAUAAAUCCCAGUUGCUGUAUUAUAUUCUUAAUGUGCUACUGUCUGAUAAUAUUUUCAUUUGGGGUUUUACAUCAUUAUUCAUAAACAAAAUUGUCCUGUGUUUUCUGUGGUUUACUUUGUUAGUUUGGUAUUUGUAUUAUGCUUAUUAGGGGUUCCUUCUAUCUCCACUUCUUGUAAUAAUUCAGUAAAAAUUUGCUUUGUAGUCCCAAAAAAGAGUCCUUAAAAAAAAAAAAAAAAAGAAUUCUUGGGGCUCCUGAGUGGCUCAGUUGGUUGAGUGUCUGCUUAGGGCAUGAUCUCAGGGUCCCAGGAUCAAACAACAAGUCAGAAUCUAGCUCCCCGCUCAGUGGCGAGUUUGCUUCUUCCUCUACCUCAGCCCCUCUCCCCACUCACACUCUCUCUCAAAUAAAUGAAUCUUUUUUUUUUUAAGAUUUUAUUUAUUUAUUUGACAGAGGGAGAGAGAUCACAAGUAGGCAGAGAGGCAGGCAGAGAGAGAGGAGGAAGCAGGUUCCCUGUCGAGCAGAGAGCCUGUUGUGGGGUUCGAUCCCAGGACCCUGGGAUCAUGACCUGAGCUGAAGGCAGAGGCUUAACCCACUGAGCCUCCCAGGUACCCCUCAAAUAAACGAAUCUUAAAAAAAAUUAAAAAAAGAAUUCCCAUUACCUAGUAUCAAUUUAAAUUACUUUUAUUGUAAAUUAAAGAUCUGUAAGUAUGCAACUAUGUAAAAAUGUCUUGUGCUUAUAGUUUUUAUAUUAUAAACUAAAAAUAUGCAUAAAGUAAUUAAAAACAAAGCAACAAAAUAACAAGCAAUGGUUAUGCAAACUAGUACUCAAACCCACAACUUUAAUGUUACAUGAUGGGUGUUUUUGUUUUGUUACAGUGAUAUCAUUAAUAUUAGGAUUAUAGGAAAGCACUGUAGCUUCACAUCAGCCUCUAUAUUUAAUUUUUAACACUUGAAUACAAACAAUGCUAUCUCAUAUGAGUUUGUUGUAUAACACUUGAUUAAAGUCUUUGUUUAUGAGUUCAA